AUGGCUGAGGUGGCAGAUUUAGGCCCGGUCGAGCCGCAGGCCCGCCAUAUCGUGUACUGUGGAGUGUGUACUCUACCCCCCGAGUACUGUGGAUUUGGAGGAACAGCCAAGAAAUGCGAAGAAUGGCUGAAGGAUGAAGAGCCCGAGCUCUGGAGUCAGUUACAUUCCGAAGCCGCUAACGAUUACCACCCCUGCUCGGUGGCACCAGAUGCUUUGAACGCCAACUUGUCCGCCCUCUCCGUCUCCGCACAGGAGCGUGCCGCCAAAGACGCCGCUAAGAAGGAAGCCAAAGCUGCUCAGAAUGAGGCGCGUGACGUCGAACGCAAGGCCGCAUCGAAGGUCAUCAUCAAGCGAGUUGAGCGUAACAAGCGCAAGUACGUCACCGUCAUUUCGGGUCUGGAGGUCUUUGGCCUGGAGAACAAGAAGCUGGCCAAGGAACUGGGAAAGAAGUUCGCCACUGGUUCCUCCAUGACCCGAUCACCUUCGGGUACAGAGGAGAUCACGGUCCAGGGUGAUGUCAGUGAAGAUGUGGAGGAUUGGCUGCUCGAGGUCUAUGGCAGCAAAGUCCCCGGAGCCAACAUCGAGCUGGUCGAGGACAAGAAGAAGAAGAAAGACCCCGCCGCUGUCUAA